AGCUAUUUGGCUUUUGUCGUUGACUGCGCGAUGGUAUUGGACAAGUUUGACGAGAAUGCGAUGUUGAUCCACAAUCCUGCUUGAAACGCACGGGUCGUGCCAUAACAAGCGACAGAGGAUACGUCAAGUACAACUUGCAAGGAGGCACCCUCUUUCGAAGAGAAGGGACCCGAUCAACGAAUUGUGCGGAUUUUCUUAGACUCGAUGGACCGAGAUUUAUCUCACAAGCCAUAUCGCGUGGCUACAUGCGCCAUCAGCCCAUUGACGCCUUAAGGUUUUGACGUUCAAGUUAGCUGUAUGCAGUACUUGUACAAAUCACUUUUCCCUCUUUUUGCCGAGCACGGUCAAGCCACGCAUCGAGCUGUAAACUCCUGUGCAGCAAAGCACGCUAAUCAACCACAGAUCGGACAAGGCCUCCGAGAGAGCGAUAGCUUUUGCUCUCCUCGUAGGAAUCCAUGGCAACAAUCACAAAGUUUCAAAAUGUCUAGUUGCUGUUGGCCACAUGUGACAAGUUUGAGAUAGAUCUCCUCCCUGACAGCGGUCACCUCCACGAACAGCAUGGUUUGUACCCCACGGACAGGCAGAAACCCUCCGAUGCAGUGGAAAGGGUGGCUAGGGACGCGUGCAUGGCGCCAAUAGAUCUGUACAUGGACAUAGAUCGUUCAACGUGUCGGACUGGCCGCGUUGUUGCACCACAUAAACUUAACUCUACUAACUCAGCGCCUCUGCAAUAGCCCGAUAACGAUCGUCUCCUAGCUCUCUUCUUCUGAAAUGCACACAUCCCUCCCAUCUUCGCUCUUAACAGCCUUGGUUUUUGCAUCAUCUCGUACCCCAGAGAAGCAUCAAUACAGCUGAAUGAUAAACUAGUCCCUCUGCGUGUUGUCCAUGGCACAGUCGCACUCGCUGCUGGGCUGCCUUUGGUUCGAGCUGGAGGAGGAGGGCGAUGGCACUGCGAACAUACUACGGGAGAUCCUGGGACAGCACACAAUUGAGCUCUUAACUCUGGAUCACUCAUCACCAGCUGAUGUCCAACAUGCCUUACGGCCUGUUUACUGGAUCAAAGCACUCUUUGAUCUACAGCGAGCAUACGCACAGGCAACGGCAUUUCCUAAUAUUCCUGGAAUUCUUCCCUUCGACCUUAUAUGCGCAACUGUCCUCCACCUUUUAAAUGUGCACGUCAGGAUAUUCCCAGGGCCACGGCUCAAACCUGAGCACAGCGGACAGCGGUUGCUUAUUACACAUGCUAUUCUCUCAGGCUUCCGUUUGCUUACUCUGCUAAACGAACGGUUAGACUUCCAGAGAGUGCAGCAUCUUCAAAAAGCACUUCAACAAAUCUCGAGCCAACCCGAAAACCUUUCCGGGAUCGAGCAGUUCAUCUUUACAACUCUGAUGCCGUCUGCUCUAGCGGUGCAACCAAACUCGGAGGUGCAAAGUGGUACUGCGUACUCCCUUAACUUGCGACAGUUAGGCCUACCAACCUUUGCGGAGGGACUGUACCCUUUAUGUCUCCGGCCUGGUAGAUUGAUUGAGACUGCUUUUACUCAUAUACGUGAAAGGGGCCGUCUAUGGUUAACUUGGUACUGGACCUUGUUUGAUGCUAUCUGGGCUUCAGAAGCCGCCUUGAUCCAAUAUGAUGUUGAUAAUGGCGCUAAGAGCCAGGAAGUCGAGCUUGCCGUUCCAACACGGGGAACGUCACCAGGCGAUGUUCGCUUGCAAUUGCGAAACGGACGACGAAACCUUUUAUCGGCAAUUUUCAAUUCUGCUUGUUCUGCUGAAUUUGUUCCGGACUCUUGUAUCCUCGAGUCGUUAAAGGCCACAGUUGUGGAAUGGUGGCUUGACAGUAGUCUCGAUUCACCAUCAGGACCGAGCAUCAUAUCCGAAAAACAUGCCCUCGAUAUCCGAUUUUCUCUGGACACCUUUGGAACCUGGUUAAGGGACCGUGCACGACAUGUUGCGCCGACCGUGACUUGUGUCAAGUGCAGUCCUUCGCCUUUUCGCCAAGUUCCGAUCGCCAUUCACGGCUCAGAAAGAAGUAAUUCGAUCUUCUUUCACAAAAAUCCACUGGCGCUGCCAAGUCAUGAGAAUCAGGACACAUCCAAUGACAUUGAGAGAUUAGACACGCCAGUAUCCUCAGACGGCGUAAGCACCACAAUGACUACGAGAUCAGCCAGUUUCUCAUCGUCCACUACUGGUCCACCUCGACGUCCGUCACGUCCUGUAACCCCACCGAUUUCGAGCAGAUUGACACCAAUAGCUUCGGUCAAUAGUCACUUCUCUAGCUCGACGGGAGAAGAAAGUCCACCAGUCCCAACAAGCCCUAAAGUCAAGCUUGGGACUACAAUUCGUCAAGUUCUGAAGUCUGCAAAAGAGAGAAAGUGUUUAGAGUCUUGCAGGCCAUCAAAUUUCUGCUUUUCUGCUUCGGGUCUUCACUUAUAUCUGUGGGGUGGCAACAUCUCAGGUUUCAUGAGAAUAAGCACAUCUCCAAAUAGUUCGGACGAGAUUGAGGAUGGUAAAAAAUGGGAACUGCCAGCCAUCAAAUGCAUCGCAGCAGGAACAGAGCGGUGCGUAGUUCUUGCGAGUCAUCAAGACAAGUUCAAGCUUCUAUUAUUUAACGCCGAUAAGCCACGUCCUGAGGCGCAAAUUUCCCUAGAUCUCGCAUUCAAGCACUACACCGACUGUUGCAUGGUCAUGUCCCGAGAUGACAAAUAUGUUGCACUAGCUGUCAACGAUUCUGUUCGAUUAUAUCAGAUGACAAUUGGUCAGAUUCGCCGCGUUCGGCUUCAUGAGCAACUCCAUCUUUACCAGCACCUGGCUAAAGAAAGACGAUUACUUCAAAGUCCAGCGCCGGGUGCGUUGUCUUCCAGAGAUGCAGCGCGAGAAGCUCAGAGUCAGAGCGCCGUAGUUGAGCAAAAGCUGUCAUUUUCUCCCUCCGGAGACCGACUUGUUGUGGCAACGCACCUUGCCGAUCACUACGUUUAUGUCGACGUUUACAAACUCGAUGGAGAACCCUGCUCUCCUAUUUCUUCUCAACCAAAAUGUUUUCCGAUGCCUCCGUUUACCGCGAGCGACGGCGGUCUUACAAACGUCUUCUAUAGUGAUGCUCAUCAGAUUGCGUUAAUUUGUGCGUAUAUCGCAAAGGAGUAUCCAAACUUGCUAUACUUCACCGGCAGCUGGCGCGACAUAGUAACCGAUGAAGGGUUUGGCAGCAAAAUUGUGCAAGCUGCUCAAGCCUCAGAUUCUAGCUUUCUCGUGGCUUCUGGCUUAUCUGAGAUGACUCAUCUCAAAUUUAACGAAAGCGGCACGACGGAAUCUCGUCGCCUUAAGAAAUGCGCAUCUAAAUUGCCUUCAGGUGUCUUCAAACCAGGCAAUUUAAUUCUGGCUCUACCUCAUCCACAAACGGCUAUUGCAUUCUGGACUAAGGAUUCCAAGCUCGUCCUCCGGAGGAUGGACAUCGGACAGGACACGGAAGCUUACACUGACUAUGAACUUCGUUCACUUGUCGACCGCCUACAAAGCGAAGAUUGUGAAGCCAUCGUUUUGUCCACCUCUGUAACGCGGCCGGGGAAGGACUCCACUGUAUUACACAGAGAGUCAUUGCUGCAGCCCCCUGUGGAAUUACCAGGCAGCUUGCGUCCAAUCUCUGAACUGUCUCCGAAUGGAGGGCACGCCGUCAUUUGAGCGGAACCAUUUGCUGGUACUAGUUCUUGGAUCUCCGUUGUGCCUCCCGUCUUGGUCCUUUUCCCUUGCUUGUGCCCGUUGUAUAUUUUACAUGGAACGGUGCACAUUAACGGAAGCCUGCAUUAGUUGUUUUAUCACGAUAGCUCCUAUGGCCUCCUAAGUUUCUUUUUUGAAACCCAGAACCUUUUUCUUUCGGACCAAAUAACUCUAUAUCUAUGUAUGAGUUUCGAUGCGUAAUUUGUGGAGUGUAGCCUUCGAAGAUAGCGAGACAUUUCCUUUGGCUGAUUUUUUUUUAUUUUUUUUAGAGCUCUGGAUCUAUGCUUCGGUUGAAGAACUGCAGAGCGAAUAUUUGAAACCUAGUUAACGGUACUGGAAACUUGACUGGCGAGAGCUUUUGCACAACAUUCCAAGCUUCUGCGGUUCCGAUAGAUCGUAUUUGUGGAUCAAAAGUAGAAUGGUUGUAUGGUAACAAUCGAAGGAUCUUUGUGACAUUAGCUAGAGAAUGACUAUAAUAAAGAGCGAUUGGCGUUUGUG